UGAAACUCGCGCUGCUGGCGCUGAGCAGGACUGAUGAUAGGUCAAUGGCACCGGAGGAAAGUGUGCCAUGUGAAGAUUUUGCCACAUGUGGCGUCGCCCAGUUCCAAAAUCGAAGGUUCCCAAAAAAUGCCAAACAACAGGAUUCCUACUUCGUGGUCGAAGACAUGGGUGUCACCUUUGGUGUCCGCUUGGGAGGCGUUGAUAGGGUGGCCUUAUACGGAGUGGCCGAUGGUCAUGGAGAGUGCGGAGAGCUCUGCGCUGCUUUCAUACGUCGAUAUCUCCCAACACAGCUUGCGCAAUCGAGACAUUUCGCAGAAGGCAGAUUGGAUGCAGCUAUGCUGGAGGCGUUCCUCCAAACUGAGCUGCUGCAGCAAUCUUCAGGUCUACUACUGUGGGCUUCUGGCGCCUGUGUUACAGCUGCAGCAGUCUCACCAACGAGCAUUGUGGUGGCAAACUGUGGGGAUUGCAGAUGUGUUUUGGAAGAGCAGGGCGCAGCCCAGGAGCUUUCCUCAGACCACAAUGUGCAGAACGCGACGCCAGAGGAAUUGCGACGGGUGUUGGCAGCGGGUGGCAACGACUCGAGCCUUUGGUGAUGCCUGGGCAAAACAGCAGGGACCGCCCGAGAACCACAUCAUUACCGCGAUGCCGGAGGUGCGCAGCAUAGCGCGACAUCCUGGUCAACACCACUUGGUGUUGGCCUCCGAUGGUGUCUACGGCUUUAUGUCCUCGCAAGAUGUGGUCUCGCUGUGUGUGUCGACAGCCAGCAAGCUGUCUCCUGUCGCCCCCCUGUCUGGCAUUAGCCAUGCAAUUGUGUGCACAGCUGUUGCCCGUCGCAGCGAUGACAACUGUACCUGCCUAGUGGUGGACCUUCCAAGAGUGGAUGGAAAACCAAACGCACCGGCGCCACCGCCGUGGCCGAAGGAGAUAGAGACCAGGCUUGAAGCUGCGCCGGAUCCUGCAAACGCAUUCCAGGCAGCCAGGGGCAAGAUGUGGGUUGCCAAUGGAGCGCCACCUGCACCCAAGAUGGGUGAUGAAGAUUCUUUCCUUCCAAGGACCAGACCGACAAGACCCCGUAGAUCCGGAGACGAGCUGGUGCAUUCAAAUGGCAUCAGGCCAAAAGAAGUUGUAAAAGAGGACUCAGACCGAACCUCCAUUCCGUCAUCAACUGCAGCACCGGAGGAGGUGUGUUGGUGUCCAUGGUGCUGGGGAAUGAAUCAAGAAGGUGAGGCGGAGAACCGACUCCUAGGCUCUUUUGAGCAAUGGAGGCUUCAUAUGCACGAGCACCACUUUGACCGACUUGCUGUGGCCUAUGCUGGGGACGAGAUUGUUCCGUGCUAUUGGUGCUGCAGACCGUGUGUAACAAAGAAGGGCCAGCACAAAAGCUCGAAUCGCCUUCCCUUCUGGGGCUCCCAUGAACGAGUUUGCAGGGAAAAUCCCAGCAAACCUGUUCUUCCCGGGCAGGCUCGUAGUUCUGAGGGUUCUCAAACCUCCAGCGGAGAAUGUCACUGGAGGAGAAGCCAGGUACCUCAAAGGCACCGGAAAGAAGUCAAUGGAGGUGUGAUUUCGCCGGAUUUUCGAGAUCUUCGAGACUCGAAUGACUUGCGUGAGCUCCGGAGGUUCUCUCUCCCAGGCGAUGAAGCUCUGCGGAUGGGCUAUGAAAGCCAGCCUCCUGUACAACAUCGCACAUCAACAGGAAGCGAUCGUCAUCCGAAUUCUCAGGGGCACAGGCGUCCACAAGCACAACAGGUGCAACCAGAGAUGCCAACCAGGGACGGAGGAUCCCGUCGACAGCGUGCGCUUUGAAGGCCGGUUCAAUGGAAAGGCAACUGUGUUGAAGGUUUUCUUUGGUCCUGGAUUAUAGUCUGUCUCUUGUAUCCAAAAAUCCUCUGCAAAACCACCAGCAAACGAUAAGAAACUUCAGAACCUGGCAGCGAUGGGCAUUGCUGAGACCCUG